AUGACAACUUCUCCUAUUUCUUACUCGUACUUAUCUCAAAAAAUUACAAACUGUGAACUUCCAUCCACAGAAACUUUAAACACAUUCUCAAAAGCUCAACAAAUAGAAAUCUUAAAAUUAUGCUAUGAUGCACAAAAAAGAUUGCUUAAUAAACUACUUGAAGAUAAAAAAUUAGAACAUGCUGAUGUUGAAAUUCCAGUUGUACAACUACCUAAAAGAAUCAACAAAAAUCAAUCGUCAAAGUUAAAACUAUGGGAGCUUUGUCCUUGGUUAUCUAAAGAUUAUUUUUCAAAAAUUAAAUCUGAUUUUACGCCACAUCUUGAAGCAAACAAAAUUACAGAGCUAACAACAUGGUCACAGUUAGGAUAUUCAGCUAGAGAAAGUUGGGUCGAAGAUGUAUAUACUAAGCAUAGACUUCAAAUUGGUUCCAAUAAAUGGAUUGUGCAAGAAUGUUUAAAACAAAAAUUAAAUGAUAGAGCUAAAAAAAAAGGUCUCAAAGUUACUAUGCCGAAUAUACAAGUUGCAAGUAGUGAUGAUGAGCCAGAAGUAGUGCAACAAUCGACUAGUAUUUUUAAGAGAUAUGCAAUGAUAAACAAAGAAAAUAUAGAUUUAUCUUUCAGAUCUAGUAAAGAAUUUGGAGAAAUUGACCCAGAAAUAAAUGAUAACGAUGAUUUGGAAUCUUUUAGUAGCAAUUUUUACGAAAAUUGUGAUAGUUCUACCUCUAAUAGUUAUGCAACACCCUCUUCUAGUACCUACAUUGCCCCUGCAUCCAAUAGCCACAUUACCCCCACUUCUAGCAAUUAUGCCACCCCAGCUUCUGGCCAUUAUAUUGAUCCUACUUCAGACAGUGAUAACGAGACAGGUGAAAACAUUUUAUCACAAAAUCUUAAAGGUGAUACCAAUUCCAAGAAAUGCGAUCAAAGAUUAAAAGGUUCCUUACCAAAACGGGUCCGAAAAGAGAAUGCUCAAUUACUAUUAUCACCAGCUAACAAAAAAAGGAUGGGAAAUUCAAAGUCUUAA